AUUGCUACACCAGGAAGGAAGGAAGAACGCGCAGGAAGGAAGAAAGAACGAACGAGAGAAAGAAAGAGGCAGCAGAAGAAAUGCCCACAACUCACACAGAGCCUUCCACCGAGGCACCCGCCAUGAGUCCACAAAACACAACCCCCGGACCCGCACACACAACAUCCAUCGACCACAACACCGCGACAGCAACCGACACUCAACAACCAUCCACCGGCUUGCAACCUUCCAUCCUGCCCCCUGUAGCUACUCCAACGACACAGCAUCCAGUUUCUGCUGCAGAAAUGACCAAGGACGGAGGUGCAACUGCCGCCCAGCCUUCCACGGCUCAGACAACUCUGCCUGAAUCUGGUACAACAUCUACAGCCAUCAAGUCUACGGAAGGAGAGACAGGCAAAGGUACUCCCCUGGAGAACUUGUCUCGUAGAUUAUCAAACAAGACUCCAUCGACUACCGCUUCCUCUGCACCCCAAACAACGGCCGAAAAAGCAGACCCAAAACCGGCUUCAUCACACACCCAACCUACCACCUCUACGUCAAAAACGACGGUCAACACGCCUGCAUCCCCCAGUGUUAAUGGGGCCACAAAGUCAAAGGCGGCUCCUAUAUCGAAUACAACUGCACCCAAGGCCGGGCAAAAGAAGAAGAGGAAGCGGAAGGGUUUGGCGGGUAUUUUACUCGCGCUCGGAUGUUUAUCGGUCGACGAGUUUGAGGAGGAGCCAAGCAAAUCUAGCAGCACGACUGCGAGCACAGGGCCUGGUAAAAGUGCCGGUGCUGGCGCGACAACCGGCACGAGCACAAAAGCCGAUGUGAGUGCCAAACCGACGUCAGGUGGUGUUGGCGUGAGCUCGGGUGUUGCCAAAGCACCAAACGGUAGCGUCGCACCUGCUCCGUCAGACCCGUCAGCAGCCAAAAUUCAAGACGCCACUGUAGGGGCUGAACAAAAGGUGGAUGCAACGGGCCCAACGGAUUCCACGGUUGUUGCUGAAGGACCGACUGAAGCCCAUAAAGGUGUCGUCUCCAGUGAACAAGUGGUUGUGCCUCCGACUGAACCUCAUACUCUUCCAGAAGAUGAGACCGCUGGUGUAACGUCUUCGGCUGUCCAGCCUCCUGGAGGAGGCUCUGCCCUCCUCGGCACCCCGUCUAAACACGUCUCUCACCGCGAAUCUGAAACCAACCUUGGUACAUCCAGUAAUGAGCGUACAGAGACAAGUGGAGGGUACUCGGACAUUAGCAAUUCUGAAAUGGUUGACGAAAGCACAGGACAAGGAGGAGAUGAACUCGGAGAAGAUUAUCUUGAGUAUGAUGACGAAGAAGAUAGAUUAAUUGAACAAGGUGGAAUUGGAAUUCCUGUAGACGAGAAUGGCAACCCUGCACCUUUAUUACCCCCCGUAGCUGCCAAGCACCGUGGACGAAAGUGUCUCGUGCUCGAUCUCGAUGAGACCCUGCUUCACAGUAGCUUCAAGCAAUUGCCCACAGCGGAUUAUAUUGUACCGGUAGAGAUUGAAUCUCAAGUGCACAACGUUUAUGUCAUCAAGCGACCGGGUGUCGACCACUUUUUGACAGAAAUGGCAAAGAUAUAUGAGAUUGUCGUGUUCACUGCUAGUUUGUCCAAGUACGCUGAUCCCGUCCUUGACAUGCUUGAUGAGAACCGUGUCGUAGCCCAUCGUCUGUUCCGUGAAAGCUGCUACAACCACAAAGGAAACUAUGUCAAAGAUUUAUCCCAACUCGGCCGUGACAUCGAACACUCCAUCAUCAUUGACAAUUCACCUGCCUCAUACAUCUUCCACCCUAAUAACGCCGUCCCUGUAUCCACUUGGUUCAGCGAUCCCCACGAUAGUGAAUUGACCGAUCUUUGCCCCUUCCUUGCAGACCUCGCCACUGUCGACGACGUUCGUGGUGUCCUUGAUGGACGAAUCUAGACGUUCUAGAAAGCAUCUCACCUUAUAUCCGCGAGGAUCGUCGAUACCCAUCUUCCCUUCUUUUUUGGGAUCUGAUCAGGAGGACAUUAGAGUGUAUAAGGACUCAUACGGCAAGCCUGGUUGCUCAACCUACGAAAUUAUAGCAUCAAUAACCCCCUAUACCCAGAAGCCUUUGGGAGCUUGGUCGCAUGUUUAGUUCUUUUCUUUAAUCUCAUUUGGUUCCACGUUACGAUCUCAAGGCGUAUGAUGUAUUAUGUCGAUCCCUCAUAGUCUGUUUUCUAAUCGUCUUUUUUAUUUUCGUGGGUGUAUACAGCUUAGGUACCCGCGCUUAUAUAUCUCAUACCCCCCACAAGACUGCCUUUUUUUAUCUUUGCUUUAGUUUCAAAAUGUUGAGUUAUUCUGGAAUCGCUUGUAGAUACGUACAAAAACUUGGUUGGGACAGAGAUUGCAUUGACUGGGCCCAUCGCAUGCAUCGUCGUCAUACAGUACC